AUGAUAACCCUAUCUUAAGGGUAAUAUUCUUUAUCGAAUCAAGUUUUAAGCAAAUCAACAUUAAUUGAUUACCAAAUGGUUGAAUAAGUUGAAGUAGACUAAUCAGAUUAGAAUUACCUAACCUUUGGAUUUUGGUCAAAAUAUAAUCCAUUAGGUAAUACAAAAUUGAAAGGCGCUUAUGAACCACUUGACAGAAACUGCUUUUAAAUACUAAAUUCUCUUGAUUAUGCUACUUCAAUUCUCAAUUUAUUUAAUUUGAUUGCGUCUACGAUACCACAAAAGAAAUCAAAAAUUCAUCUAAAUAGGAUUGAGUUAGACUGAUUAGUUUAUAUUUUCAAUACAAGCAGAACCUUCUGAAUAUGACGAUUUCUAGUAUUUUUUUAAAUUAUCACAAAUAUCUAGAAAAAAAGUGUAAACUAACAAUUUAUUUUUUAAUAAAUUAGAUAUUUAAAUAAACUCACUAAAUUAUUUUCCCUAGUAAGAAUUAAUAAUUAUUCUUUAGAUUUGGAGGGAGUUUAAAAGUAAAGAAUUCAAAUAUUGCAUUAAUUGAAUAAGGAAGAAUAUUCUCACUUUAUCCAGGCUAAUUAAUUGUAUAUAACUAUGAGAUGAAGAGGAUACCAAUAUAUUUUGAGUUUUAGUUUGGAAAUUACUGA